GGCAGGAGGAAGACGCCUCUCUGUUCGCUCUCUCAGCUUCUGGAUCAGAUUCUCCUGAUUUGGGGUUUCAGGAUCGGAUUCCUCCAGAGAAUUUAGGCAAAGUGCUGAAGAGCUGCAGCUGGAGCGACCCGUUCAGGCGGUUCUGGAAAUCAAGUGGAUUUUUCUCCUGGUUAUUUCCGAGUCAAUGUUCUGCAGAUGUUUCUGUCCUGCUGUGACGGGAGGAAAACCGGCUGGAACUGAUCAAACAGCGUUGGCUAAGUGGGUCAGAACCGGACCUGUACCAUGUGAAACUGAACUCCUGCAAACUUUGCCGGAUCACCCAGAACCCUUCGCGCGGUGAGGACAGGAAUGCGGCUGCAGCUGGACCUGAAGGAUCAUUGUUGGGUCUGAUCAUGGGUCAGCCCUGUCGCCGUUAAACCCGCUUCUCCUGGGGGUCAUGAGGUCCGACCCGGACUGAAGACAGAUCCAGACCCAGAGGGAUCCGGCUCCUCGGGGAGAUGGCAGCGGCCAUCGCCAGCUCCCUGAUCCGACAGAAGCGCCAAGCGCGAGAGUCCAACAACGAGAAGGUCGCCACCAACAAGAAGCGCUCCAGCCCCAGCAAAGACCCGCGCUCUCUCUGCGAGAGACACAUCUUCAGCGUCUUCAGCAAGGUCCGAUUCUGCAGCGGGAAGAAGCGGCCAGUUCGCCGGAAACCAGAGCCGCAGCUGAAAGGCAUCGUGACUCGUCUCCACAGCGAGCAGGGCUUCUUCCUGCAGAUGCUGCCCGAUGGGACCAUCAGCGGCUGCAAAGACGAGAACAGCGACUACACUCUGUUCAACCUGAUCCCAGUGGGGCUGAGGGUGGUGGCCAUCCAGGGCGUGAAGGCCGCCCUCUAUGUGGGCAUGAACGCUGAGGGCUUCCUCUACACAUCUGAUAUUUUCACACCAGAGUGUAAAUUUAAGGAGUCUGUGUUUGAGAACUACUACGUCAUCUACUCGUCCACCCUGUACCGGCAGCACGAGUCGGGCCGGGCCUGGUUCCUGGGUCUGAACAAGGACGGCAUCAUUAUGAAGGGGAACCGAGUGAAGAAGACUAAACCCUGCUCACAUUUCGUUCCCAGACCCAUUGAAGUUUGCAUGUACAAGGAGCCGUCUCUGCAUGAGCUGGAGGAGAAGCUGCUGAAGUCAUCGCGGAGCCCGACACUGAACAGCGGCCGCGCCAGGAGCCUGGACCGACCACAGCGGCGGUCCGCCAACUCCUCCACAGAGCGGGAGGCGUCAUAGCCUGCAGCGCCCCCACAGGAGGAGGAGGAAGAGGAUGAGAACUCCCAUUUUAACAAUCCCUGUGUUCAGCAACUACAACCACACCGACCAACCGCCAAGACAACGAUGACGAAGAAAACAAUGUAAAAAGAAGAUUUUAAAAAUCCGGGGAAAUUCUUCUUGCUUGUGAUGAAAUAUUUUAACGAGCAAGGGCAUGGGGGAGGGGCUUGCUUGGAAAUGAAAAAAAAAAUCAGGACGUUGAUUGAGAUUUACAUUUUAUGCAAAAAGUCCUGCUGAAAUAGUGCCAGGAGGCUAGCACACCUACUCCUCAUCAACACAUUGUAAUCAUCAUCAUUUCUGUCACAAUGAUGACGAAAUAUCUGUGGAGUCGGGCAAGCGCUCCGAACUCUGAAGCUUUAAGCCAUGUAGAAACUUCACUUCUCUUUAUUUUCUAAUGAAUGCUAAAACCUUCGCACUUCCCACACGCUGUGCUUCUUCUUCUUCUUCUUCUUCUCCGUGUUUUCUGUCGAAUCAGACGGAGGAGGUUCUGUUUCAGGUGCCACAAUUUGUUUAGUUUCUUUGUUUGAAAGGUCAGGGACUUGUUCUGGGUUUAGUCACAGACACUGCCGAUUCAAAGGUCUGGUGAGGUAAUGGUACACAGGAACUUCUUGGGUUGUCUGGACUGGACAAUUUUCUCUAAACAGAGUCAGGAGAGGGCCAUAUUUUGCUGUCAAGAUCUUCGUAUUUGUUCACUACAAACUACACAAAGUCCACUUUUCUGCAUGUUUCAGAUUGUUCAGCACUGUUAGAGUGAUUUUUAUGCUCCCAUCCUGUACCGCUUAGAGUCUCUUUCUAGGAAAACCAUCUUCAAACACUUCAAAGUGUGGAGCUUUAACCUUUGAAACAACAACUUUAGUUUCCUUCUCGAAAGCAAAAAAGAAAGACAACAAAGCCAGGUGCUCUUGAUGAAAUUCAUUUGAAGAAAAAAAAACAUGCUAACAGAUGUUAGUAUGAACCAAAAUUAACAACUUUCCCCUAUUUUACCUUGUCUUGAUAAAUAAUGUGGUUAAAUAUUCUGUCAAACAUUACUAAAAUCACCAUACAAGAAAACAGGUAAAACCAUUUGUUAACAUUUCUGUGUUUAAGUUUUUACCUGAGUGGAAAUGCAUUUUGUUGGUAGGGGGCACUUCCUGCAUGUCAGUUGAAGUUAAAGGCAAAAAACUUAGUAUGGAAACAAAGUUUUACCACAAACCUGAACCCUGAAUUUGACGUCCAACUCACUGGGAAGAAGGUUCGGUUUGUGAGGACAUCAGGGCCUGAUAAAGCUGGUGACCAGACUGGGUCCUCAUGGGGACAUAAAAACAAGAACACACACAACCAAACCUUUAGCUUUUCUGUCAUCCUUGUUACAUGAAAUUCAUUUCCAGCUAAAUGCUUGUCUAAAUAUAACCCAAAAACCUGGACUUUAAUACCAUUGAGGUUAUUGAGAAUGUUGAUGUUUAAGCCAGAAAAGCUCCCAAUGAGGCAACAAAAAUAAGUACACAUACAGGUCUCUCUAUAAACUACAUGAAGUAAUGCAAAAAUAACUCUAUGUACAAGACACAUUUUUUCAUUUCUCUGUCUGUGGAGAAGUAAUUACAUUUUUCAAAAUAAAAGAAGUGUAUGUAAAGCUAGCUAAGGUCAAUAAAUGAAAUACAUUUUAUUGA